CAUUUGAUUAAAAUAAACUGUAUUUAGCUAGUAGAGAACCUUAUAGUUGACAUUAGUAGUAGUAGUCAUGCUAAGGCUUGGUAGGCCGCGUGUAACCUGCAGAUGAACUUUAUGGUGAAACUUGUAAUGUAAGCAGUGUAGCUAAGAGAUAAUCACUUAUCUAAGGAAUGUACUUUUUGGCAGGAACCUAAAUGUCAAGAAGAUAGUAGUACCAGGUGUUAAAAUUAAGUAAGAUUUUGUUGCGAUGAAGAAAUCAUGUAAAGAAACAUAUAAAAACCCUGUGAAAUUUCUGUGAGAUGGGGCUCUGACUUUGGACGCUAGUCCCAGGCUCCCAGGGCCCUCAAUAAAGCACCGCAUAAACAACUUCGGUUGUUUGUGUUUUCUUCGGAUCGGGCAACAGUUUUCUGGCGACCGCGGCAGGACUCCGAAGGUGACUAGGGGCGGUUCGCGUUUCGAUCCACUCCACGCCGGCACCGAGUGAUUCUCGGGGAGUCAUCAGCUCGUGCCCGACCCCUGCGCCUGGCGGACGACUGCGAAAGUAUAUAAGUGUGUUUUAAGAGUCAUCGAGAAAGAAACAAAACGUACCAGAAGAGUGAUGAAAGCCUUGACAAGAACCAACAAGAUGCAACUGUCUCACUUGACUCCUCCGAAAUAUGAAGAUGUCAUUAAGCGAGAGAACUCAGCAUUUGAAAGACCCGAUGACGACUGAGAAUUGAGCAUCCUUGCAGAAGACUGAAGAAUGCUCAAAAGGGGGGAGUUGUUGCCAUUUGAUUAAAAUAAACUGUAUUUAGCUAGUAGAGAACCUUAUAGUUGACAUUAGUAGUAGUAGUCAUGCUAAGGCUUGGUAGGCCGCGUGUAACCUGCAGAUGAACUUUAUGGUGAAACUUGUAAUGUAAGCAGUGUAGCUAAGAGAUAAUCACUUAUCUAAGGAAUGUACUUUUUGGCAGGAACCUAAAUGUCAAGAAGAUAGUAGUACCAGGUGUUAAAAUUAAGUAAGAUUUUGUUGCGAUGAAGAAAUCAUGUAAAGAAACAUAUAAAAACCCUGUGAAAUUUCUGUGAGAUGGGGCUCUGACUUUGGACGCUAGUCCCAGGCUCCCAGGGCCCUCAAUAAAGCACCGCAUAAACAACUUCGGUUGUUUGUGUUUUCUUCGGAUCGGGCAACACUCUGACACAGGACACACAGCUCCAUGAACCUCUUUUCAUGGAUCAACAGCCUCCUGCCUACCCAGAUCCCAGGGAUGUGCCCAGCUCCCUGCCCCAGCACACUGAAGGGAGUGCCAGGCAUCAGGAAGGAGAAGGUCUGUAAUUCCCUCAGCCCUGCUGCCAAAACAUUGUUCACUCAACUGUGUCAUCAAACAGAUUAUUAGGACACGUCAUUGGGAAUUUUUUCAUUCCACUUGGGCAACAGCAGUGGGGCUACAGGACACAGCACAACCAGGCAGGGCUGGAUAAUGUCACCACCUGCACCAUGAGCAGGAUCAACACUGUCCCAUAACUCAGAUUUUAACCAAAAAGAAAAGGGAAAUGUAUGUAAUUAAAUAUACAAAGUAUCAGUUAACUAAAUCCCACUAAAAACUCUUCCUAUGUGAAUGAAACUCUUGGAGAAGAGACAGGUUCCUCCCUCUACUCAUCCCUCAGUCACUGCUGGUUAAAGAAUCAUCUCAUCAAUCAUGAUGAUUCUAAAGAUCCAAAAUCAUCAUUUUUUCAGUGCAGGAAUGAGAAACCUCAUGAGUGCAUUACCAUGUUCUCAUUCCAAGAUACUUCAUCCUGUGAGCAAGCAUCAAGGAAUGACCCUGUGAACGCUCUCCUGCACUGACAGGUUUCUACAGUCAUCUUAGCUUUUUUUCCCUAAAAUCAGAGUUCUAAAAUUAUAUUGGCACCUUCCCAGUGGUACAGCCAGUGAAGUUCAGUGUAUGAGCAUGAAUUCUCUUUCACUGUAAAUGAUGGGAUAUAACAGAAGUUGAAAUGAGAGAAAAGGAUUAUCCAAACUUUGGUAUUUGCCCUUUCAUUCUGACUCAUUCCUGAAACACUGUAAAUGUGUUCAUGCUACAAAAUAUUUUAUGAUGCUGCAUCAGCCUCCCUUCAGUCUAUAAGAUUUCUGAAAGGGUCUGAAAGGGAAGUUCUAGAGAGAGAAUCUGCAGUUAAGUAAAAUCUGAGUAUGAAACUCUUAUUCCCAUCUCUGAUAACCAGUAACAAGCCCCUCAGUCACCAUCUGCCAAUACACAGCAAUGUAUCAAUCUUAAGAUUAAAAGAUCAAAAAAAGACCAACCUAGAAGCUCUGAAAUUUUACUUCCAGAGCACCAAAAGAACCCAAACCAUACCAUUCUCUCUGGAAAUGUAAAAAAUCCAAACCAUCUUCCCAGUGUAGCACAGCAAACACUCCCCUCUUCACCUUGGAGCUGGUUUGGGAGUUUCACCACAUUCCAUGCCUAGGAAGGUGCUGAAUUUGCUGGCAGCAAAUAUCCCGCUGCAGAGACAGAGCCCAAGGUGUUCCACAAGCAGUCCUGACUAACUCCACAAUGGAAAAGGACUUGGUGGCUUAGAGAUGAAGGCACAGUUUUAUAGGGAAUAGCAAAGAGCAAACACUGACACACUUGGGGCCCAACAGCAUUCCCUGAUCACACUUCUUUGCCUGCACAUUUCCAUGUUUCUAUAACCCACAACAGCCUCAAAUAUACAGCCCUUAAUCUGAAUAUUAGCGCUGCUGUUACUAACAAACAGCUCCAUAGGCAGGCAGCAAGAGCAGCAAAUUCUCCUGGUGAUUUUUUUCCAUAAUAACUUCCAAAAAAAUGCUUAAAUCACAGCCCAGAGCUAAACAAGUAAUUCUGUUUUCAGGUUCCCAGAAGAACUUGAAUCAAAAUUCCUUCCUUUCACCUCUGCGUGAGAGAGCUGUAAAUGGAUUUUAAGUAUUUUUCUAGAACACUGUCAUGGGUUGGCACUGGCCAGAUGCUAAUGCACCCAUGAGUAUAUGUUUUUCUUAACAACUACUGUGGGAUGUGAUCAAGAACAGAGCAGAGCAGGCCUAAAACUUGAAAACAGAGAACAAAACUUUAUUACAUUACAUAAGAACAGAAAUAGAAAAGAAAAAAAAAACCUUAAACACACACAAAAAACAGAAAUUAAAACUUUUCUAGAACAUUUUUUCUCCCAAUUUCUACCCCUUACACGUUACCCUCCAUAGACCAAAACCUUGGGUUUUAAAUCAAUCACCACUCAAAAAAACUAAUCUUCAACUCAGCAAGGGAGAGAGGAGUCUCUCUCGCACCACAGACUGUUCCUCAGAAAACACAGGUCCACCCCUUAUGUUUCCAUGUCACCCGUGGCACCGCCCAGAGAAGUCUGCCAGAGUGACACUCUCUUUUCCAUGUCCAGUGCUCUCACCACUGUCCAUAGGCUAAAGCUGCAUAUAGGGCUCUUUUUAAGGAUGCUUGCAUGCCGAGCUCUCCCCAUCUUUCCCUUGGGGCCAAGGGUUUCUAGGAACAGAGAUCAUCUCUUCUCUGUUCACGCCACUCUUACAGUGUCAGUCACUGCAGCAAAGUCGAGCCAGUUGCAUCUACUUAAAUGCAGUUUAUGUCUAAAGAGACUCAAGUUCAGUCUAUGGCUAACAUUAUGCAAGAAAAGUCCAGCUUAAAAGCCACUCCUCUUCAUCACUGCCCAUUUUGAGAUUCUCAUCAUCUUCAUUUGUCAUCUUAGUCCCAGGCUGUCUCUCUCUCUCUCUCCUUACAAACCACCAGCUAUGAGAAUCAAUGUCUAGAAAAGUUUCUUUCUGUUAAGAAAGGGUUAACAGUUCUUGGCUCCUGGCAGGGUUGCUGACCUCCCCCCCCCCCCCCCCCACUCGCCAAUGUCUGAAGCACUACUCCCUCUGAAGUCCUUGCUUUUAACUCCUUGUGUUCUCAGAGGCAUGUCCACAAAACCUGACCACUGAUUGGUUUGCCCACAACUUCCUGGAAAACUUACUUUCCCCCCCCAAACCAAGGCAAACACAAAGUUGCAAACAUCCAGCUGAAAAAAAAACAUGUUUCCCAGAUCAGAUUUUCCUUAGAAGAAGGAUGGAAAAAGGCAAAGGUACAGCUACACCUUUUAGUGUGUGCUUGUCCAAAUCCCAUGUGGCAAAAUGAAACAGCAGUAAGGAUAUUAUCAGCUCCUCAAAUAUAUUAGAAAAUAUUUUAGAAUAUAAUGAGAAAAUAUUUUAGAAAAUAAUCAGAAAAUUGGAAAAAUAUUAGAGAUGAGUAAUACAGGCCCAAACCAUGCAUGUUAAAAUAAUGCAGAGCUGAAAACGUGCUAAAUGAGAACAAAUGCUGCAUUUUGUGAUAAAUCAUAAUUAAAAUAUGUUUUGUUGCCUUAGGAUGUAAAAAAUCCUAUAAAAGUUAAAAUAUGAGAGCACAAGAAUGCAAUAGAAUCAGGUAAGUUCUCUGACACAGUAACCACAUAGGUACAAUGGAUCUAAAAAGUGAAGGAUUAAGUGAAGCAAAUCUAUUCUUGUUAAAAAAAUCUCCUCUUUUUAAAAAACUCUCCCAGUCCAGACUGCUCGAGCCAGGCUGAGAUAAGCUGCUCCAGUGAUAAGCACAAAGAAAGAACUAUUAGUGGAGUCACGUCAGGGCUUGGAGAAAUUCAACCCUUAAACCUGUUCAUGGUCCUGUGGUUGGAAGCAUCACCUCAGAGACCACGAGCAGAGAGUCCUCCCUGGAGCUGGGAGAAGCAGCUUCUUGAUGCCUGAAACAAAAUCCCCUGGUGUGACUCUGAUCCCUGUUUGGACAAUGCCCUCAGGCACAGGGUGGGAUUCCUGGGGUGUUUGAUGGUCCUUGUGGGUCCCUUCCAAGUCAGAAGUCUAUGAUUCUACAGCUGCUGACAACUCCUCCUCCAAGGAAGGCUUCAAUGAACAGGGAACAAACAACCUCAAAAAGACUCUUUGUGAUUACUACUUAAAGUAAGAUGUCUGCGUUGCCAGAGAUGGGGACCAGGGAGCUCUGGGAACCAUCUCUUUUGGGAAGCCCAGUGGAACAUCUCUUCAAAGCACAGAUUUGAGGCAAGAGCUGCAGACUGGAAUGAGGCAGCGACGCAGCUCUUUGGAAGCUGCUCUGUCCCCACUCCUGCUGGGCAGGCCCAGCUGGGCCUCAGCAGUAGAUUUCUCUCCUCCAGGUAGUCAUCCAACACUUCCCUCAUUUGCCAAAAUAACCACCAAUUAAGAAUCAAUUGACAACUGUAUCAAAAAGCAGUGGAGGAGGCCAAGAGGCCAAGGCAGCUGAGCAAGCAGGAAAUUACUCACAACCUCAAAUAGGAAAUCUCAGCAAAAAGAAGCUCAGACACUGGACCUGCACAAGACACCAACAAUAUGCAAAUAGACUGGAAUUAAAAAAGGCUUUACCCAGUGGGGUCCCUGGAGAGAACAGGUUGGAACAACCAUGCUAUCAGAUUACAUUUUCCUGAGGUGACAAAACCGUAACAUCUCUGCUCUGCUAAUGCUGGGAUUGGCAGUAUCUAUAAAUAUCAGCACCUUGGACUCAGGGCUAGUUUUAAAUCAAUGCAGAUGGGCAAGGCAGGAACUUGGAGCCAAAUCCCAUAAGCUAUUCCAUACCAGCACAGCCGCUCAUGGAUGCAAAUUCCCCACUGUCCAACAACAGCUGUUUUUCUGUUUUGCCUGGAAUUACAUGUUUUUCAGCACAAAGACCAAACCAGGCUGAGCCAGAAGGCAGCCCAUCAAAAAGUUCUUAAAACCAGAGCAGAGCCAGUCACCUUUAUCAGGAAUAAACAAAGAUAAUGUGGAACAGCAGGUCACUGGAGACUGUGCUGAUAAUCAGUCAUUCAGCUUGACUCAUCCGUACAGCAGCUGACUCCACACUGAGCCGCUGUGGCUCAUUUAAAACCAAAGCACUAAUUGCCUGCAAGUUGGACACUCUUCAGACCUUCAUAAGGCCGGGCUGGAUAGGACUUGGAGCAGCCUGGUCUAGUGGAAAGUGUACCUGCCCAUGGCAGGAGGUGGAAUGGGAUGGGCUUGAAGGUCCCUCCCAACUCAAACCAGUCUGGGAUUCUGUGAUUCACUGACCCUCCCCUUUACAAACACAUCUCAUAUCUCAAGACCACCAGCAGUCAGUGAGAAAGUAAAACCACUGUGGAGUACACCUGGAGAAUUCUGUGUGGAAAAGAGGGAACUGAGAGGAGAGUCAUCGGGGGCUGCAGCUCCUCCUGAGGGGCAGCCCCAAUCUCUCUCCCUGAGAGUGACAGGACCCAGUGAAUGGCUGGAAGUGUGUCAGGGAGAUUUAGGUGGAAAUCAGGGAAAAGUUCUUCCCCCAGUGGGUAUCGAGCACUGAACAGGCUUCCCAGAGAAUGGUGUGGGUGAUAGCUAGGGACAGGCGCUCGGAAGAUCACGUGAUGUCACGGGAAGAUAAGGACUCUCCCCCCGUCCCUUCGGUGGUGGCCCCUCCUAGCCCCAUUAGCUUCCCACCAACCACUGACCUUUAGAUCCUUUGCCCUCCCACUGACAUAGUAGAAGACCCUGUAGACUAUUUAACCCCAUGUGUAAUACAAUAAACCGCCAUUUGCCGUCCACCACAUUGGUGUCAGCGUGUCAGAUGGCCCGAGUAGCUCGAGGACGUCGAGCUGCCGUGCUGACUCUUUGAAACCAGGUCGCCAUUGCCUCAUAUCGAAGGCAACAUUCUGGUGCCGAAACCCGGGAACAAGAAAAACGCUCGGGAGUCGGGAUUUUUCGCCUGGACAGGAGCAGCGGCCGGGGCAGGCCAAAGGAACUGACCCUCGGCGGGGGAGACGUCCCCAGACCAGCGAGACUCAUGGAGGCAAUCGCGAAGGUCGUAAGUGUAAUUCACAGACAGUGGGAGAUUGAGUGCAAGCCCAGAGAUUUACAACUUGCUUUGGCAAGAUUACUGGAGCUUGGGGUGAUAGAGCGCCCAGUAGAAAUCCUCCAUUCGGAGGUAUGGGGGAGGUGUACACUCGCGCUGGCCGAAGAUACGGAAUCCACAGGGAGCGGGAAACACCUUAAAGCAUGGGGGAAGGUCAAGCAAAGUUUACGGAAAGCGCUGGAAGAACAAGAGACCUGGAGUGCCGCCCGUGUGUGUUUGCUGGCCACUCCUAAGCUGGGAGUGGGGGCCACCACACAAACGGCAUCCGAAAAUGAUUUAUCCGAGUGCGAGAAGCCGCGGGAGCCAAGCACGCUUCCCCCCUCCCGGAGCCCGAGCCCAAAGCCCCCGGUGCCCUCAGGGAACCCCCCGACCCCCACCCCGAGCCCGUCGGCUUCCCCCCCGCCCGCGGAGCCUUGCCGGGCAUCCGAAGGUCCCUCCUCAGUCCCCUUGCCGUCGAUCGGUGGUUCGGUACCCGAGGCGCAGCAGCGCGUGCGAUUUUUCUGGCAAGGACUGGCCGAAGAGGCCAGAGACGCCGAGCACGUAGCUCAAGAGAGCACGCGGCCGGCACCGCCACCGUACGGGUUUGAAAAUGGCGCCGGCGGCAGCGGGGAGGGGCGGGGUCUGAACGUUUGUAGUGGGGAGAGCCCGGAGCCGUGGGUGUGUGCCAGUGCGCAUGCGCAGGGGAAAGCCGGGGAAGAGGGAGAGAAAUGCGUGCUCGGACAGGAGCCGCGGGCUUCUGCUGGCGCGUGCGCGCAGCAGGAGGGGAGGGGGUGCAUGUUCGGAGCGGCGCCGCGAGUCCCCGCGGGCGCGUGCACACGAGAGAGCGGCGGGAAAAGCGCGCCCGGCCCGGCGCCGCGGGCUUCCGCAGGCGCGUGCGCGCCGGGAAGCGGCGGGGAAAGCGCGCCCGGCCCGGUGCCGCGGGCUUCCGCAGGCGCGCGCGCGCGCCGGGAAGCGGCGGGGAAAGCGCGCCCGGCCCGGCGCCGUGGGCUUCCGCGGGCGCGUGCGCGCCGGGAAGCGGUGGGAAAAGCACGCUCGGGGAGGCGCCGCCGUUCCCCGCGGACGUGCACACGCGGGAAAGCCGCGGAGAGCGCCCGCGUAGUUCGGAGCCGUAGUUUUCCGCAGACCCGCAUGCACGGGACAGCGGCGAGGAGCGCGUGCGCGCCUCGGGGCCGCGGUUUCCCGCAGGCACGCACGUGCGGGAGGGGCGCGAAGAGCACGUGUCCCGUCGGGAGCUGCGUUCAGCACUGCCAGCAUUUAGGGGAGAGACCUCGCCCCGCAGGAGGCAGGGCAAGCCCAGGGGGCGGGAGCGGAGCCACCCCCGAGAGAGGGGGCGGGAGCGGAGCCACCCCCGAGAGGGGGGGCGGGAGCGGAGCCGCACUGAACGACACUCAAACCCAGAAGUGAGCUGGCAGUGUGUCUCUGACUCCUUGUCAGACAGUACCGGCGGCAGCAGCUCCGGAGAGCAGACAGAGAGUGAUUGGGAUUCAGAAACAAAGAGAGCAGAACCAACACGAUUUAAAAUGAAACCUAAUAAAGCUUUCAGCCAUUCCAAAAAGAGUUUACAACAUGAGCCAGCCCAGGUCACUGACUGGGGAAAAAUAAAAAUAGCCUGUGCUGAGUGGACACCGGCUUCCACAGUGAAAGCCUUCCCCGUAAGGGUUACUGGAAUAAGGGACAACCAACAAAAAAUACACACGCCAGUAAAUCCCAAAGACAUACAAACAAUUGUAAAAGCGAUUCCAGAGAAAAGGAACGAACCGAGAGCACCCAAGUGUCCCACGCCAGUGAGACCCAGGCAACAACGAUGCUUUUGUAUGAUUUUGCUAUUGGGGCUGGUUGCCAGAAUGCAAGCCAGCCCAGACUAUUAUCCUCAUCAACCAUUCAGGUAGGUCAUGAAACACCUUUCAAAUGACAAGGUGCUCAAAGAAAUCACCACACCGGGCACCCCAUCCUUUGUGUUCCACAUCACCGAUCUGUUCCCGGGGCGACCAAAGAUAGACCGCCACGCCCCAUAUCUCAUGCACAUGUACAUGGCCUACUGGUGCCCAGCCUCCAACCCAAGGAAAAGGUACUGCAACUACCCGGGGUGGGGCCACUGUAGUUACUGAGGCUGUGAAACCAUUGUUACAGAUGCCAGACCAUCAGGAUAUGGGUAGGACCCACAGGAACCCGAUAAAUUCUUACAGUUCUCCUGGGCACCCACCGGCUGUAACAAACCCUUCUUCAAGUCAGGGUUCUAUCGAAACUAUUAUCAGGACCCUACACGCCGGACAUGCACUGAUUAUAACAUGACUGUUUUACAACCAGAUCACCCUAGCUGGGCCACAGGCAAGACGUAGACAGUAGUCCUCCAGUCACCAAAAGAAUGGGUGAAUGUACAGAUUAUCAGACUCCAGCCGCCAGUGCCUCGGGCGGUCGGACCCAAAGAAAUUAUUAGAGACUCACAAAAAAGAAAAAGCACAAUCCACCCCAAAUCUUUGCCCACAAAAGUCACCAAUACCCCGACCAGCUAUGCAGAUGCCUUUCAGAUAGACCACUUAGCCGUGUCUAACCCAAAUCCCAUUUUCCGCAUGCUAAAAGCUACCUUUUCAUCUCUGAAUGAAUCCAACCCAAACCUAACCAAUCCAUGCUGGCUCUGUUACGAUGUUAAACCUCCUUUCUAUGAAAGAGUUGCUCUAAACAUCCCAUUCAGUUAUUCCACAGCUGAUGUCCCCCACCAGUGCAGGUGAAACACUCCCCGCAGAGGAAUCACCUUGAGUCAAGUCACGGGUCAGGGAAAAUGCUUUGGCAGUGCAACUUUAGCCAAGCAGAAGGGAAAAGUUUGCACCGAAGUUGUCAAACCUGACAAGAAGAUCAAUAAGUGGGUGAUCCCAGCUGCAUCCAGAAUGUGAGUUUGUCAACGGUCUGGGGUGAGUCCUUGUGUGUCCCUGGCCAAAUUCAAUGACUCUGAUGAUUUUUGUAUCCAAGUUCUGAUUGUUCCUAGGGUCUUGUACCGCUCAAACGAGGAGGUGUGUCAACUUUCCGAGGAACCGGGCCGGCUCCACAAGCGAGAGAUAAUAACAGGGGUAACCAUCGCGAUGCUGCUCGGUCUGGGAGCAGCCGGUACAGCCACAGGUGUCUCAGCCCUCGUGACCCAACACCAAGGACUUUCUCAACUACAAGUGACUAUCGACGAGGACUUGCAGAGGAUCGAGAAAUCCAUCUCCUUCCUAGAGAAAUCGGUUUCCUCACUUUCAGAAGUCGUCCUGCAGAACAGGCGGGGACUAGACCUCCUGUUCAUGCAACAAGGAGGCCUGUGUGCCGCCUUGAAAGAAGAAUGUUGCUUUUAUGCUGAUCAUACAGGAGUCGUUAGAGACUCCAUAGCAGAACUCCGAGAUAGACUGGCUCAGAGAAAGAAAGACAGGGAAGCCCAACAGGGCUGGUUCGAGUCCUGGUUCAAUCAAUCGCCAUGGCUCACCACCCUAAUUUCCACAUUGAUAAGUCCACUGGCAAUGUUACUCUUAGCUCUCGCCAUUGGACCAUGCCUGUUAAACAAGCUGGUCACAUUUAUUCAAACACGCCUAGAACGGGCCAACAUUCUAUUUGUAGGACAGCAACAAUUGUUGUAAACCAAACUGUGAACACUGCCAGUUGCAAAGUUCUGCCUAGUCAGCUUCGCAGAAUUUACUCAAGUUUUCCAAACCCCUUCCUUUUUUUUAUCAAGUUACUACCUUGUACCCCUUUUCUCCAAUGCCUCUAACUACCUCAUUUUUUUUUGUGAAAAAGGGGGGGGGAGAUGUGUGGGUGAUAGCUAGGGACAGGCGCUCGGAAGAUCACGUGAUGUCACGGGAAGAUAAGGACCCUCCCCCCGUCCCUUCGGUGGUGGCCCCUCCUAGCCCCAUUAGCUUCCCACCAACCACUGACCUUUAGAUCCUUUGCCCUCCCACUGACAUAGUAGAAGACCCUGUAGACUAUUUAACCCCAUGUGUAAUACAAUAAACCGCCAUUUGCCGUCCACCACAUUGGUGUCAGCGUGUCAGAUGGCCCGAGUAGCUCGAGGACGUCGAGCUGCCGUGCUGACUCUUUGAAACCAGGUCGCCAUUGCCUCAUAUCGAAGGCAACAGAAUGGGCACAGCCUCAAGGCUGCCAGAGCUCCAGGAGGGUUUGGACAACACUCCCAGGGAUGCACAGGGUGGGAUUGUUGGGGUGUCUGUGCAGGGCCAGGAGCUGGACUGAUGGUCCUGUGUG